AUGGAUGGGAUUUACAGCAAUAACAACGUCGGCAGUAGCAACACUAACAGAAGCGGCGACGACAACACUGGAGGAAUGGGUUUCCUGUUCCUCUUUUUCCCCGAAAAUGGAACCUCCGGCGCCGACGACAUUCAUGACAGAAAGAAAACCAGCCGCCCCAUGGCGGCCAUGAAUCUUCUCUUCCCUUCUCCGCCUUCGUUCCGUUGCCUCCGCCGCUACUCCGUUUCCUCCGGCGGCUCUUCGCUCCUCUCCACCGUCAAAUCCACCGUUUCCGUCUGCGCUCUCCUCAUCUUCCUCACGCUCCUCCUCUUCACUCUCUGCUUCGACCCCGCCGUCGUCAACUCCCCCCGCCACCUCCCUCCCAGAAGACAUCUCUCUUCUCCUCCCUCUCCGCCGCCCUCCUCCCACAAUGCCGUUAACCUUUCCUUCCCCCAUGCAUUGCAAGGAAUGGGCUCGCUUUACAGCAGAGGCACCAGAGCCAUGAACGACCUCAUUAUCGCUCACGCCGUCGAGAAUCUCACUCCGCUCGAGCUUAAGCUCUUUCUACGCCUCUUUUUCACCUCCGGGCUCUCGUCCAAAUCGGAUAUUUUGCUCAUUUUCCGAUCAAAGUCGCCGGCUUUCGACCGGGUCGUCGCCGAGGAGAAUGACUCGUUCUUGAAACUCAUCCUCGGCCGGCGUGAUCGGAGCUCCGAGGCUAUUCUCGGCGUGGCCCAGUUCAAGAUUUCCGAGAAGAAGAAGAAGGAAAGUGGGGAGCCAAUCUGGGGACGCAAAAUUAAGAGAAAUAAUAAUAAUAAUAUAAUUGAAGGUAAUUCGACUGAGUCGACUCGGAUGAGUUACGGCUCGGUGGUGGGUUUCGACGCGGACGAGCUUGACCCGGAGGAUUCAUUGGCCGGGUUUCUAGAUCACGUGCCGAUGAGUUUGAGGAGAUGGGCUUGUUACCCUAUGCUACUCGGACGAGUCAGGAGGAAUUUCAGGCACGUGACACUAGUGGACGUGAAGGAAAUUCUCCUACUCGGAGACCCACUCGGGCGAGUCAAGAACCGGACCCCCGAGUCAGUGUACUUAACAACACAUACUCAGUCAAAACACGUCAAGAACUCGGGCCAAAACUCAGUUCACCCGGGCAUUGUCGCUGGCGGGACUCGAGGGGUCCGGAGAUUAUCAAACGCAAUGCUGACGGAGAUCGUCCAGGCAGCAAUGCAACGGAAGAGGAAGAACCCGGUGACCGAGUCAGGAGUCAUCAAUCAACUCGUUAGAAGUGAGUUCGCAUUGAGGAAUGUGAAUUUAAUGGUGUCGAGCGAGUCAAUACCACGGCUGAGUUCACUCACUGGGUUGAACUCGAAACCAGGUGCCACCUUCUUGCCCAUAGUGUCAAAACUUGCACUUGCUAGGCCAGGGAAUAGUAAUGGGGAUGGAAGUGUUGUGAUUUUGAAACAUUUGUGUUCAUUAUCUUUAGAUUCCCAAGUUUACCCUGAUUGUUAG